GCGGAGAUUUUUAGAACAAUAGUUAAAAUAACAAGUUAUAAAAUUGGUACAAGCCUCAAAAAGAGCCAAGUAAAUAACAACAGAUAAAGUAAAAGAUCCAAGCAAAAUGAAAGCUCCAACCCAAGAUACAAGGGGUCCAGAUAAACUCAGCCUCGAAGGCUGAAAAAACAAACAAUAGAAAACCCUAAUAUGAAGCAACAUAAACCAAAUUCCCCCGGCGCCACGUGAAUUACCAAACAGUUUCGAAAUAAAAUGAGUUUUUCUAUUUUAGUUGUAUAAACGACUAUCAAAAAAAAAAAAAAAAAAGGACUACGCAUCAAUGGCAGUGUCACCCAUUGCAUUAGGCAUACGCGGCUUUCCGUCCCAUGUAUAAUGCCGACCAAUUUAUUAGUUAAUUGCACAACAGAAGAUAUUUUCCCGAUACUUGCUUUAUCCAUGGUCCCAACCGCAGGUUGUAAUAAAAUACUAAUAAGAGAAAACAAUUCAUGGAUUCCAUGGAAUCAAACUGAGACGCUACAAAUUGUUGCCGUUGCUCGUAGACUUUACUCUUUCUACCACAACCCAUCUAUUUCUUUUCCACAAGGAUACAACUUUCCCGGAAAAAAACAAGACGAAACAAAACCAACGCUUUCCCGGAAAAUGUCCGAUCGUGAAUACGAAACCCAAACGCCAUCCACUCCGCCGAACCUAAAGAACGAAAGAGAAGAUGCGCUCAUGGACUUUGAUUUCGACCUCGACGUUUUGUGCACGUUGGAUCCGAUUCACUUUCUCUCCUACCCCACGUCGCCGCUUUUGUUGCCGCCCAAUGACCAGCCUUGUACCCCUUUGUGGGCUUUUUCCGACGGCGAUGUCGAAAGUGACUAUAAGCUAGCCGGGCAUGCUGGUCAAGCUCUUUCUGACCGUUCUCAGUUCGUUUCUUGUAAUUCUAAUUCCGUAACGGAAGGGUCAACAGAGACUAAGGAUAACAGAAUGCUUCCAUCACCAUUUUCAGGACUGGAACCUCUUGAAAGUUCAGAUGUUUAUAGUUUAGUUAACGAGAAAAUCACUCAAGCACUCAGGUACCUCAAGGAAUUGACUGACCAACCUGUUCUAGCCCAGUUUUGGGCACCAGUGAAGGAUGGGAAUCGGUAUGUACUCACAACUUUAGGGCAGCCCUUUGUCCUUGAUCCACAGUGUAUCAGACUUCAUCAGUAUAGGAUGGCCUGUCUGAUGUAUAUGUUUUCUGUGGAUGGGGAGAGUGAUGGAGUUCUUGGGCUUCCUGGCCGCGUUUUCCAGCAUAAAUUGCCAGAAUGGACUCCAAAUGUUCAGUACUACUCCAUUAAAGAGUAUGCACGGCUUCACCAUGCUCGGCAAUACAAUGUUCAGGGAACCUUAGCUUUGCCCGUGUUUGAGCCCUCUGGAAGGUCUUGUGUUGGUGUACUUGAGCUCAUAAUGAUUUCUCCUUUGAUCAACUAUGGUCCCGAGGUUGAUAAGGUUUGCAAAGCACUUGAGGCAGUAAGCUUGAAAAGUUCAGAGAUACUGGAUCAUCCAAGUAGGCAGAUUCAAAUAUGCAAUAAAGGUCGCCGAACUGCAUUGGCUGAAAUCUUGAACAUACUGAUAGUGGUAAGUGAAACUCACAAAUUACCACUUGCUCAGACGUGGGUUCCCUGUAUGCAUCGAAAUGUUUUGGCUUAUGGCGGUGGCCUGCAGAAGAGCUGUACUAGCUUUGAUGGCAGUUGCAUGGAACAGGUCUGCAUGUCCACAACUGAUGUUGCAUUCUACAUUGUAGAUGCUCAUAUGUGGCAUUUUCGAGAUGCCUGCGUUGAACAUCACUUACAAAAGGGUCAAGGGGUUGCUGGGAGGGCAUUUUUGUCCCAUAAUGCAUGCUUCUGCGAAGACAUUACCCAAUUCUGCAAAACUGAAUACCCUUUAGCACACUACGCACGCAUGUUUGGGCUAGCCGGCUCUUUUGCUAUCUGCUUACAGAGCACUCAUACUGGAAAUGAUGAUUACAUUCUAGAAUUUUUUCUGCCCCCAAGCAUCACAGACAGUCAUGAACAACAAACUUUGUUGGGCUCUAUAUUGGCGAUAAUGAAGAACCAUUUCCGGAGUCUCAGUGUUGCUUCUGGAAUUGUACUUGAAGAGGAGGGAAUAGUUGAAAUUGUUCAAGCAUCUAAAAAUAAUGGGCUUGCCACAAGACUUCAAUGUAUACUGAUACCCCGUUCAGUGGAAUCACCACCAGUGCCUGCCUUACCUAACAGAGAAGAGAUGGUGCAACUAGAUUCAUCAAAACCACAGUUAGUGGUGGGAUAUGAUGUUGUAAAUGAUGGGAGAAAUUAUGUUCACGAGGGUGGAGAAAACAAUAUUUCUUUCCCAGAGAACAUAAAAAAGAAACCGGAGAAGAAGCAUGGAAAAGCAGAGAAAUCAAUUAGUCUAGACGUUCUCCAACAAUAUUUUGCAGGGAGUCUUAAGGAUGCUGCAAAGAGUCUUGGAGUUUGUCCCACUACAAUGAAGCGCAUUUGCAGGCAUCAUGGAAUCUCCCGCUGGCCAUCUCGCAAGAUCAAGAAGAUCAACCAUUCUCUUACUAAGCUACAGUGCAUAAUUGAAUCAGUUCACGGUGCUGCAUUUGGUUUAACUCCUCUUACUGCGAGUCCAUGUCCUGUUGCUGCUGGCUCCAUUUCUCAGCCUUAUAUUUUGAGGGAACUUUAACGAAAAACUCCCGGCUCACCAAGCUCUAAACCUUGUGAAGUUGAUGGACAAAAGAAAGACUCGCCCACCUCUACUUCACCAGGAACAGAGGGGCGAGCUGGGAUUGACAAUCAUUUGCUAGAUGGGCGGAUGCUGAGUUACGAGGAACUUCUGCUGGAACAUAACAUGUGUCUGUGAGACAGGGGUAAAGGCUCAAACACAUCCAACAGGGGAAACAGCUCAACGGAGGCAAGUGCUUGUAGCUCUACUUGUCAUGGUUCAUGCCAAGGUAGUCCUGGAAACAGAAUUGCCAUGGUAAACCCUCCAUUUUCAGAUUCAGCUCCCAGGCAAUCCAACACAAUGCCACAUAUCACGGGCAGGCAAGAAAUGAAGAGUGUAACCAUAAAGGCCACAUAUAAAGAAUACAUUAUUAGGUUUCACGUGCCGAUGAGUUCAGGCAUUGUGGACACGAAAGAGGAAGUGGCAAAGAAAUUAAAACUGGAAGGGGGCACAUUCGACAUCAAAUGUGUGGCUUAUGACCUUGAACGGGUUCCUGUACCCUGUGAUGCAGACCUGCAGGAGUGUCGGAAGUUUGUAGAACAUCACGCAUCAAUCUGAUCAGACUCUCGAUUCAUGAGAUAAUGUCCCAUCUUGGAACCUCUUGUGUUAGGUUUUAAGUAAAGGUAUAAGUUUUCCAUUUUAUUUGUUGUUCUUGCCAAGGUCUAGGUAUUGAUUCUUUGAGGUUUGCUUCAGUUUUGUUCUGUGAAGUUUCAUUAUCAAGAGCUUACGGCACUAGCUACUCCAAAAUACGGCCAUAAUUUACAACAGGCUCGUAGCUCAAUUGGUACAA